GGCUUUCUCCGGAGCCGUCGGAGGAGCCGGAGCGCUUGUCCCGAGGUGAGCGCUGCCGCGGGGCGUCCCCCAGCCUGUCCGAGGCCGGAUGCCGGCGAGCGGGACGGUUGGUGAUUCAUCAGUCGCAGUCCAACAUGCAGAAGUGAGUGGUGAAAAGCAGAACUGAUGGGUCAUGAGGAUGUAAGUGUGUUUGAAGGCUCUCACACCCUCUACUCCAGGACAGAAUCAUGAAUAAACUGGAGGACAAGCAGGACCAGAUGAUACCAUGAAGAGAAGUUUACAGGCCCUCUAUUGCCAACUGUUAAGCUUCCUCCUGACCUUGGCGCUGACCGAAGCUCUGGCAUUUGCUGCCCAGGAACCAACUCCCAGGGAAUCUCUUCAAGUCCUGCCUCCCGGCACCAUGGUGACCCCACCGCUCAGCUCCACCGGCCGCUCCGCCCUGGUGGCCGCCACCUCCAGGGUGACCUUGAGCCCCCGUCCCGAUGGGCCCUUCUCACAGGCCGAAGCCGCCGUGGCAGCAGCAACACCCUCUCCAGAGGGACACCCUCCUGCAAACACCACCUCCACCACCGUGGCCACAGCCACCGCCCACCGCGCCGACGGCCCCCUGAGCACAGGGCCCCUUCCUGUCGCCAGGGCCACCGCCUCCUCCCGCCCAGAGGGCCGCCCCCGGGGAGAGGCUGGGCCCACCAUCCCCAUGACAAAUCUGCCUGCAGCCACCAGCCGCCCCAGCCCAGCGCCCACCCGGGGGGCCACACGCAGGCCCCCCAGACCCGCCGGCUCCACCCGCAGGGGGGCUGGCGCCUCCUCCCGCCCCGCCCUGCCCGCCCUCGGGGGCCCCUCGGGGAGAAAGGAAGGCCCACGGGGCAGGAACCAGAGCUCCGUGCACCUGGGGCAGAAGCAGCCCCCGGCGAGAGCCUUUCCCGUCUUCAGAGGCAACGCCACGGGGUCCGCGGAGCCCGAGCCCUCCACCCGCACCCCCUGGAAUCACUCCUCCUCGCCACAGACCCAGACCGUGGCCGCAGCCCCGGCGCCCAGCAGGACCACAUGGGCACCGGGCACCACCCCCUCGGAGCGCACGGAAGCCACGCCGGGCCUCAGAGCGGACCAGGGGGACGGUCCGACCCUCACCAGCCCAGGAGGGCAGCCGGACGCCACCACGGACUCAGGCGCCCCCGCCAGCCCGCCCCCCACCCCAGUGCCUUCUCCGCACCCUCGUGGCGCCCCCCACGGCAGCUCCAGCCGCAGUGACUCCGGGCUCGCUGUCACCCCUGGGACCGGCCGGCCUCCGUCCGCCAGCUCGGGGGGCUCCAGAGCCGCCCCGGGGCCCACCCAGGCCGCCUUCGAUGCCAGCGUCUCAGCCCCUCCCCAGGGGCUUCCUCAGGGAACAUCCUCAGCGACACCCUCCGCCCCGGGGGCCCCGGCUCAGCCCGCCGGGCCCUCGGAAAGCACUGUCUCCCUGUCGGCCGGGGAGGAGGCUGUGGCCGCCGCCAGCAUGACCGCCCGGCUGCCCCGUCCUCUGUCCACAGCGGUGUCCACAGCCACAGGGAACUUCCUCAACCGCCUGGUCCCCGCGGGCACCUGGAAGCCGGGCCCCGCCGGGAACGUCUCCCACAUGGCCGAGGGGGACGCGCCCCAGCACAGAGCCGCCAUCUGCCUGAGCAAGAUGGACAUUGCCUGGGUGGUCCUGGCCAUCAGCGUGCCCAUCUCCUCCUGCUCCGUCCUGCUGACCGUGUGCUGCCUGCGGAGGAAGAGGAAGGCGGCCAACCCCGAGAACAACCUGAGCUACUGGAACAACGCCAUCACCAUGGACUACUUCAACAAGCACGCCGUGGAGCUGCCGAGGGAGAUCCAGUCCCUCGAAACCUCCGAGGACCAGCUCUCAGAGCCGCGCUCCCCAGCCAACGGCGACUACAGAGACACGGGGAUGGUCCUCGUCAACCCCUUCUGCCAGGAAACGCUGUUUGUGGGGAACGACCAGGUAUCCGAGAUCUGACCGCGGCGCCCUCGCUUUGCCAUGCCCUGCCUUUGGGCUCUCCACCCUAAAUAUACAAAUAUAUAUUAUAAAUAUAAUCUUUGUGUAACCCCGACUUACAGAGAAACGUUUUCAGCUUUUUCUUUCCUAAGAAUUGUCAGCGUCUUUUUUUAUAAGUGUGGUUUAAAAAAAAAAACUUUACAGAACGACCCGUGGCUUUAUAAAAUAAAGGUAUUUCUAAGCAAAGCAGUUGCACCGAUUGCUUCUCUUAACAACUGUCCUGGAGCCCUCGCGGGUCCCAGCAGCCCCGGGCAGUGAGGGCAUGUCACAUGCGUGACCCCGGAGGAUUCUUAGAGCUCAGGUCCCGCUGGAGUCCAUGUGCACACAGCCAAGGCACCCGGGGGAGAGGACGGCGGAGCCAUCACUGAAGCAGGACGCGGACGGGCACCACUGACUGAGUGUCACCCCUCUGAGCAGGCUGGAGUCCCCCAAAGUUCAUCCUGAGGCCCCGGCCCCCUGACACCACACAGUGGGACCCAUCGCCAUGCCAACCACAGGCCUGCUUUUCUCUGGCGAAGAGAGGCUGCCCUCCGAGAGGCACACGCCUGCCUCCCCCGCAGCACCACGUCUGCGUCCCACACCGUGCCUUCCUCCGGAGAGGGUGUCAACACAGAUCCGCCUGGGCUGGAGGCUGCUGGCCCUUCAGGCACACACGGUCAGGGGCUCAGCUUCUAGGGGUUCAGCUUCGUUUCUCAGAAGGCCACGGGAGAGUCCUCCUGAGCAGACGCUUCCGUGAGAAGCCUUGACGCUGUGACUUCUCAAUCGUCCUGCGAUCUUACUGAAACGAAAAGGCCAAAGCCAUCGCUUGGGAGAGGAGCCAUCCCAUCCUCGGCAUUGACACCGAUUGGCUGUCAGCACAUGGACUCGCCACCCGGCUCUCAUUUCCCCCUCCCCCCACUGCUCCCUCCCUCCCUCCCUCCGUGGGCAGCCUCCCCACCCCACACUGUGGGUGGCAGACCCUCGGAGACACGCGGGCUCCUGCAUCCUCUCCCUCCUCGGUAGGGGCUGGGCCGGGAGAUUAAUGCUGGGACGCUUCCUUUCUCUAAAAGAAAAAUAGUUUGAUAGCAUAUAUUUUGAAUAUAGAUGUUCUUAUAGUCAGACUGGGGAUCGGACUUCAAUGUCGGCUCAUAUGUCUGUGUUGUUGCUGUGGUCUCCGUAUCAUGACUCUUCUGUCUUCAUCCUCCUUUGGAAAAGAUGGCCUUCAGAAACGUGUAUCGUACGGACGUGCCGGACGUGCCGGACGUGCCGGACGUGAGUUCCGUGGUUGUCUCUCUGUAAAGACUCUCCGUCCCACACAGACGCAGGUCACAUGCUGCCCCGAAACCCUCCCCAGCGUGCUGUGUCUGCCGUGUUAUCCUGACCGUGGGGUCUCUGUUUGCGACUGCAUUUACUCUGUCAAUGUGUGUGUGUACAUAGGAAGAUGCCUGUUUGUAAACUUUAUAUAUAAUAUAUGUGAUCGGAGAUGCAUAUGUUAUAUAUACAUAUGUGGAUGUAUGACUUAUUUUUCCUUAUCAACAGAAUUCAGCUACCGUGUAUAUAUAAAUAAACUUAUUUUAUUAGCCAGAGG